CCUGCUUCGUCGUUUUAGUUGAAGCUUAGUCGUCGCAGUGUUUAGUACGUGUGCAAGAAUGCUGUCGCCUCGCAGGGCCAGCUAACGUGAAUCGCGCGUGAAUCUUGUCGUCGUUCGUUUCAGACUACCGUUGCUGGUCGUUGUUUCGCUAACCGUUUGGGUCGUCCUGGCCGUCGUGUGUUCGGCUGCGCUAAUCGCAAUCUAAAGAUAACUUAUUGAAAUAUUAGAAUAUCUAACUGUACAAAUAAGCGCGUGACUGAAAGAAAAAGCAAAAGCAGCAGCAGCAACAGCAACAGCAGUCGGGCAGGCGUCAGAAGAAGAAUAAGGCAAAUGCUGUUUGCGUGUUUUUAUUUUACCGCAAGAAAAAAUCCUCAAGUAAAGUGAGAGCAGCACUUACACUUACUCUUACUCCUCUCACACUCACUCUCUUCUUUAACGGGGGCUUUAAUUGCUCUGCUCUCGUUUUUUGGCAUACAUUAAAGCAGAAGCAAAAACAACAGCAGUGUCGCGCUUGUGUUUGUGUGUGUUUCAUUGUGUAUUUGGUUGGCUGUGUGUAUGCUUUUGAUGGUCACGUGGUCAGCCACCAAGUUGGCCUGCCAACUUGAGCGUGGAGACAAACAACAGCAAUCGCAGGAGCCAGCAAGCAGUGGCCGUCCGCCCAUAAAGGAUUAUCAUAGCGUUGAAAGCAGCUGCUGCCCGAAAGGAAUAUCGAAAAUGUGCUUCCAUUAGAACGAACGGAGGAGGAAAACUGCAGCGGGAAAAUCUGCAAGCCAAAUCCAACUUAAGUCCACAUCAAAUUAAAAUCAACAAGCGGCGGAACGGAGGAGCGGACCCCCCCUCGCCCAAGAAGAGGGGAAAGCCAAGAAAAAUUAUAGAAAAAUAUAUAUAUAGAGAAAGAAAGGCAAAAAGGAAAAGGGAGCAAGGAAAAGCCGUGGAAAAUGAAGUGCAAUAAAAGUCAAAUGGCCACGUUAACAAUGUGGAAAAUUUUUAUGGCCCUGCUCUGUGGAAUGGCACUGCCGCUAAUGCCAGUCACAUUAGCGCGCCUGCAUUCCACAUCCGGCGGUGGCGGCGGCGGCGGCGGCGGCGGGGGAGGCGGCGGCAUGUCCAGUGGUGUCCUGGGUCCUGGCUCUGGCGGCGGAGGAUCCAGCGGCGGCGGAUCUUCAGGGAAAGAUGCACACGUGAAAACGAAGGACGUCGAUGCCGUCGAGGGUAAAUCAGUGUCGCUGCCUUGCCCCAUUACGGAGCCCCUGGACAAUGUCUAUAUGGUGCUUUGGUUUCGUGACAAUGCGGGCAUACCGCUCUAUAGCUUCGAUGUUCGCGAUAAGGAGGCACGGGACCAGCCCCGACAUUGGUCAGCCCCGGAGGUUUUUGGCUCACGGGCCAAAUUCCAUUUUGAUUCGCAGCCAGCAACCUUGGAAAUUAAGGAUAUCAAGCGUCAUGAUCAGGGCAUUUACCGAUGUCGUGUGGAUUUUCGCACAAGUCAAACGCAAAGUUUCCGUUUCAAUUUGUCAGUAAUAAUACUUCCGGAGCAGCCAAUCAUCUUGGAUCGUUGGGGCCGACAGCUGAAUGGCUCUCAAUUGGGGCCAAAGCAGGAGGGCGAUGAUAUCGUUAUCACUUGUCGUGUGGUGGGCGGUCGGCCCCAACCGCAGGUCCGUUGGCUCGUAAAUGGACUGCUUGUCGACAAUCAAAACGAGCACAAUUCCGGCGAUGUUAUCGAGAACCGUCUGUUGUGGCCAUCGGUGCAGCGCAACGAUUUGAAUUCCGUAUUCACAUGUCAGGCACUGAAUACGCAAUUAGAUAAGCCCAAGGAGAAGAGCUUCAUACUGGAUAUGCACUUGAAGCCUCUGGUGGUGCGAAUACUGGAGCCCCCCAGCUCGAUGAUUGCCGAUCGUCGUUAUGAAGUUGCCUGCGAAUCAUCGGGCUCUCGACCGAAUGCCAUCAUCACGUGGUACAAGGGAAAACGGCAAUUACGACGCACAAAGGACGACAUAUCAAAGAACUCGACACGCUCAGAGCUGAGCUUUGUGCCGACCACAGACGAUGAUGGCAAAUCGAUAACAUGCCGUGCGGAAAAUCCAAAUGUGAAUGGCCUGUAUUUGGAGACCAUGUGGAAAUUGAAUGUCGUUUAUCCACCUUUGGUCACACUACGCCUGGGCUCAACAUUGACACCGGAUGAUAUCAAGGAAGGCGACGAUGUUUACUUCGAGUGUCACGUACAAUCGAAUCCUCAAUGGCGGAAACUGCUGUGGUUGCAUAAUGGCAUUCAUCUGGAGCACAAUACCACCGCUCGGGUGAUACGCUCCAAUCAGAGCCUGGUCCUGCAGAAGAUCACCAAGCAUUACGCCGGGAAUUAUGCGUGCAGUGCCAUCAACGACGAGGGCGAGACGGUCAGCAAUCAGCUGCCGUUGCGUGUAAAAUACACUCCGAUAUGCAAGCACUCGGACCGUGUGAUAUUAAUUGGCGCCUCCAAGGAUGAGACUGUAGAGGUUAUAUGCGAGAUACAGGCCGAUCCACCGCCGCGAACAUUUCGCUGGAAAUUCAACAACUCGGGCGAAACCCUGGACGUGGGCAGCGAACGCUUCAGCGUGAAUGGAAGUCGCAGCAUUUUAAAGUACACACCAGUCACAGAUCAGGAUUAUGGCACACUGUCCUGCUGGGCCGCCAACGAGGUGGGCACCCAGCAGCAUCCCUGUCUCUUCCAAGUGGUCCUGGCCGCUCUGCCGAAUGCCGUCAGCAAUUGUACCGUCUUCAACCGCACAGAGCUGAGUGUUGACAUACAGUGCAUACCGGGCUAUGACGGCGGACUGCCUCAAAUAUUUGUACUGGAAAUGUUUUCAACACGCACCGGCAUCACCAGAUUCAAUUUGAGCAACGCGGAGGAGGCUCUCUUCUCGCUGGAGAACCUGGACACGCUGACCUCGAUGAUGGUCCAGGAGAACAAUUCGCUGAGGCUGCGCAUCUACUCGUACAACCAGAAGGGACGAAGCGCCGCUUAUCUCCUGCCCGAUUUCAUAAUUGGCUCAACAGCUUACAAGACAGACGACGACGUAACACUGACAUUGUCGCCGGUGAUUGUUGGAAGUGUCCUGACCAUCAUAAUUAUUGGUGUUGCCAUCGCGAUACGAAUAUUUGUGGUGACAUUUGUGCACAAUUUGCGGCGCAAUCGUCAUCACGGCAGCAAGGCAACGGCUGCCGGUGUAACGGCCCAGCCGGGGGAUGUCUUCAAGGGCGGCAACCUGGAGAAACCGCGAUGGCAGCACACGGACAUAAAAACGAAGUCAUCGGAGGAUUUGGUCGAGGACGAACGUGAUCCGGAUGUAAUACCAUCGCAAUAUGUUGGCGGCAGCAGCGCCGGCAGCAGUGGCAGCAAUGCCUCGAACGUUGGCAGCACCACAGCGGGCACCACCACUGGCAGCAGCACAUCCACUGCGGUGGUGGCAACGGCAGCAACGGCAGUGGCAGCAGCAGCAGCAGCAGCCGCAUCAGCAUCUGCCACAGGAGCAGUGGCUGGCGGUGGCGGCGGAGGCGGCGGCGGCAGCGAACGGGAUGCCCAUCAGUUCACAUCAGCCACGAGCCUGGGAGGAGGUGUCUCCAAAUGGUCACCCAACGGCAAUGUGGUGCCCCUGACGACGACGACGACGAUGCUGUCCGGCGAUCCGGCGACGAAUGCGACGGUCACCUACAAUCAAAUCAACGCGCAGCGGGCCCAGCUGCUGGCGGCCGUGGCAGCGGCGGGCGGAGGGUGCAGCAGCACCGUCAUCUCGCCCAGCAGCAGCAUGAUGGGCAGCCUGGGGGGCAAGCCGCCGCUGGGACUGGGCGGCACCAUCAUCGGCUCCCCGACGUCCCUCUCCUCGACAGCCACGCUGGCGGCCCACCUGCAGCCGGUGCACAGCAGUGGCGUGGGCACCCUGCCACCUGGCUUGGGUAGCGGCGGUGGCUACAUACUGAACGCGUAUGCCAGUGGCCGGAUGCACCACCCACUGCAGCAGGUGGGUGUCGGUGGAGCCACUCACACGGCCACUCUGAAUCGGCAUCACCAUCAGCAGCAGCAGCAACAGCAACACCAUCAUCAUCAUCACCAGCAGCAGCAGCAGCACCCGCACCAUUCGGGCUCCAGCCUGCUGCUGGGCAGCGCCGGCAGCGUCAUGGGCGUUGUGGGCCUGGCCAACAACACGGCCUCGACCACGACUACAACCACCUCGUGCAACUCGUCGCAGGACUUGGAUGAUAACAUUAAUAUAAAUGCGAUUAAGGACUGCCUCAUGACGCAGCGCGUGCCCGAGAGUUGUGUGUAAGAGCCAGAGGCUGCUUGAGGAACCGUGAGUAUCCCCAGAUAAUCCAGAUCUACAUAGGUAUAUAUGUGUAUGGGUGUGUGUAUUUAGCAUCUAGGAAUAUGUAUGUAUCUAUGUCAUAGUUUUAUUCUCGUUAAGGUGCUGUGCAUAUCUAAUCUACUCUUAAGUCAUACAUAGGACUAAACACUGACUCUGUAAAACUGAGCAAAAACUAAGCGAAAAUUUGCAUAUCUUCAUGGCGA